AACAUUUGGCAACACAAAAAUUUUGCCGCCGCCACAGAUAUAUGGAAUCUAAUAUAAUAAAUCUAUAAUGUAAAUUGUAUAUAUUUUAUCUAAUAUAAUUGUUCUGUAUGUCUAUGGCCGCCGCACACAACUACGUCUUACGGCCCUCCUACUCUGUUGUAGCAAUUUUUAAUAAGCGUGUGACCUAUACCAAUUAUUUAUUUCGACUGUUUGCCGAGCGAAGCUGGAAGCGUCCGAAACACGUUUUUCUGCUUCCUGUGGCCUGUGCUCCUGUCCGCGUUGCUCAACAUACCUUUACCGUCCAGACCGUUCACCGCUACAUCUGACGCCUUUUGACGGUAUCCGCUUACCGUCGCAUUCUUUAUUUUUCGUCGUCGCUGGAUUUGAUGGACAUGGCUAGCUAUUCGAAAAAUACAAAUAUGACGUACAACUCUACCUUGGUCCAUAAGUCGUGUAACGCUACGAAAUGUCUAUGUCCUUUCAAGGAGAAACGCAACUAUCAAAUAGAGUUUGGAUCAUGGGAAAUAAUACUGUGCCACACAUGCAAUUUAUAUGGAACACAUAGGAUAUGCAGUUUUCUUCAAUGUUUCCAAAAUUGGCGCUGUAAAACAUGCAAUGAUGGUGCAGGUAUGGAAGAAAAAAGAUUGUUGUCUCAAAACAGAGGUAUGGCCGUACAUCUAAGAGGUGCCCCUUCGGCAACUUUACCUGACGCUUCUGCAGGGAUCUUAGAAAGGCGUACUUGUACUAUUGAAAAAUGUUUAUGUCCUUAUAAACAAAACCGAAAACAUCAAGAGAAGAUUGGAUCAUGGGAAAUACUACUAUGCGGCACAUGUGGUAUUUACGGAACACAUAGAAUAUGCAGUUUUGUUAAAUGCUUUCAAGCAUGGCACUGUACAGCAUGUCAAGCCAAACACAGCGGCAUUCAUUAAAUUAUCUAAUUUUAGAUAUGUAUGACAGCAAUGAUAACAGUAUACAGGUAUUGAUUUAACUUCAAACAACUACAAUGGUCAGAAUAACACAUGCAACAUAUAAAUUAUAUAAUAAUUGGGCAAUCAGGUAAAUAUUAUACUAUAUUGUUCAGGCUGUAUACAUUAUGCUUACUAUACAAAAUGAAACUUAUUGAUUGGUUUGUCCCGCAGGCCGCAUUAGGUUUUCUGCUAUAUAUGUUAUAUAUAUGCUAUAUAGAUUAAGCUGUUUACCAAUUUAAAACUACUUUCUGAAAUUACAUAUAAUACUUUAUACAUAGUUUCAUAUGUUAUAAAUAAUUACUAGUUUAUUUAAAUAAAAACUCCAUAACACUGUCCAUCAUUACUCAAAUCUAACUAAGGUAAUUUUACCUGUGUACUUAUGCUGUUUCUUAUAUUUGAUUGAUAGUGCCUAUUUACUUUUAUUUUUUUAUUGAAU